GUGAUUUAAAAUUUCAAAACAGCUGCUUUGUCGUGGACGUGUGGAGACGAACAACCGCACUAACAGAGGUUUGCAUUACUAAAUUGUUACUGUUGGUGAGUUGAUUUAGCCACAAUAGUUUAAUGAUUUUUAUCCAACCUGGAAGGAAUUCACGAGUAAAUACACUUUGAAACAUUUCCAAGGGAUAAAUGAUGAGUUUUUUUCGUAGUAUUGUGUGUCCAAAACCAACUAGCCUUGAGGUUUCCUUUAAGUGACACAGAGAACAAGAGUUUUCUUCACAUUUUCCUCACAUUUGAACCUGAUUUAUUGGAUGUCAUGUUAAAUACCAUUUGAACAAAACUUCAACAGUUUUUGUCAUCAGCCAAGUAAGAGAUAUCUGAUUUUUUUUUUUCUCCUACUGUUUCAGGUGAAAAUGGAGGCUCUAAGUCACCAUCUGAAGUUGAUGAUUAAAGUUUUCAGGAGAGAAUGCCACAGGGUUUUAGACUCUGAGAGGACCACCGUUCAUGGGGCUGAUGGUAUGCUGAUGGUACUCCAGGUGGCCAUGGCUGAACUUAAUAAGCAGGUAAUAAUCCAGUUCUUCUGUCCCAACUUCUAUCCUCUUGUUAAUUUGAAUAUUUUUUGAAGUAUAUAAAGGUACAGUGUGAAGUAUUCAGCGGCUUUUGGUCCUCGAUGGCCACUGUUGCUUCACCUAUGGGAGGGGUGAGCAGGGGCACAUUUCAAAUUUAGAGUCAGACCACUAGAUAUCACUCAGUAUUCCUAUUUAUACCCCAAAUAUGACAUAUUUCAUCAUUUGACAUUCUUUGAUAGACAACCUUUUCCUUUUUAGCAUGGCAACAGUGGACAAGGCCUCUGGAGUGCUGGGUUUCAGAGUGCUUUAAGGCCUGAGGUUAACAUUUGUGUUCACUUCCGACGAUUUCUGUACAUGAAUUUAAACCAACCGAUCAAAGAAAACGUGGGAAUGCAUUUCAAUAUUUUGUGUUAUUAUUGUGAGUCAUCAAGCAGCGCCAGAAACAAAGCCGUACGCCCAAUUCACAUCAUCAUCAUGGCCUAAUUUAAUUGAACCAUCAGGCUGACUGUCAUCACGUCUAUAACUGAUGACAUUACCACAGAUUUCCGGCUGAGUCCGCUCAUGGCCCACUUUUGAACUGUAGUGGAAGGUCUUUUCUGCCUUUUCGGACUGAUUGGUUCCAGGCUGUCGAUAAUUACGGCUGCUGCUUUCACUGUUUUCUCUCUUCCUGUGACAGCACUGCGGAGAGUUCAAAGUGGCUUUGAGUGAUGUCCUGAUGGCCUGGAAACACUUACUGUUAGACAAACUUCACCUGCUGCCCUCUGACUUUUCACGCUUGGAGAACUAUGAUCUCAUCCGAGAGGCUUACGAAUCCUUCCUGAAACGCUCCAACACGGUGGACCUGGUUGAUAUCUUCUCCAUGUACAAACAGCUGAGGCUGGUGGACUCAGAUCCAGAUGAGCCUGUGAACGCGGUGAGCACACUGAUGCUGAUUGUGGGUGAUCAGAUUGGCUACUGAGUCACAGAUCAAUUGAUUUAUCCGCCUAAUUGCUUUUUUAUUCUUUCACCUAAAAGAUCCAGAUGUUUGACUUCUUAUCUGGCAACAUGGAGGUCCCAGAGCUGCCAGACUCUUCAGUCCCAUCAACGCCGUCUAGUCAAAGUAGGCGCUGCAGCUCACAGGUAGGGCCCAGUCCUGCUUUUAUACAGUAAUAAAAGGUGCUACUCCAUCAUAAACAAUAUAAAACCGCUCUUUCCACUUUGCCCUCUACCCUCACAAAUAUUUUAUUUUCAGGAAAAUAAAACACGUUUUCUCCCUCUGGCAAUAAUCUACACAUUUACUUCCUCAGUCCUCACUCACUUAAUUUCUGUCUGGACUGCAUCCUGCUCUCAUUGACAGGAACUCUAUAUCAUAUUGCUCAGAUUUAAGAGCACAAUGUGAAUUCAAUUACCAGGCACAUGUUUAAAACACAACAUAAUGUGGGGCUGGAGAAGAGCUUCUGUAACAGCGACCCCCCCCUCACACUCCUCUUUGUCACCUGUGAAUUUAUGAGUUUACUUAGUGGAAGCUCACCGCUGCACAAGCAUCGAGAGUGAUGUAACUUUUGGAGUUUAAUACGAGCUGUCAGCUGCUGAUUUUAGUAGUGUAGUAAAAAUCUUUUGUCCCCUUUGGUCGUUUAUAAACACAACCUGGGCUGGCCUGAAGUCAAAAGCUUUGCUGAAAGGAUAGUUUAACAUUUAAGUAAUGUGCUGUUGACUUUCUGAAGGAAAACUGGACGCAAAAAUUGAUGUUAAGCUGAUGUUAGCUGCUAAGCUCAGCACAAAGAUGAGAAACAGGCUCAAACACCUGGCCUGGCUUUGUGAAAAUUAACAAAAUCUGUUAUAAAAUGUCUUAAAAGCUUACUUAUAUACAGUUGAUAUAAAGCUCCCAUGAGGAAACUUUGGUUUGGGUCAAAUUUGGCGCCUCCUUUUGUCUUUCGUGUUCCUAGACUGAAGAAAAAAGUUCAGCAACUGUAAUAGUUAAAGCUAAUGAUUAUGUCUGUGUCUGUUUUUAAAGCAAUUAAUAUCAUGUUUGAGUACAGUAUAGGAAGACGUUGAUGUCAGAUGUUUGACAUUUACUGAGUGACUCUGUUAACAAGUGGUUUUCAGCCUUUUGCUACAGCAACCACGUCAAUAUUCUGCUGAAAGUCCCCAGUUAUCAGGGUCACUCCUUAAACCAUAACAUUAGUGGUCUUACCUUCUUUUUUAUUAGACUGAAAAAUCCUACUUGUACACCAGAAAAUUUCUUCAAAUAAAACAAUAAAACUAAAUUAACUCACAAAGAUUUAGGAAAACAAGAACCAAAAGCAAUCUAGCAACUGGGUUGAGGCCAAUAUCCACAAUAACAGAACAAUGGUCAGGUAUCAAGGUUUAUACACUAAUGGCAGAAGCUCUAAACAUGUGAGCAGUGUCAGUUCUUGAACAGUACUGUAUCUAUUUGUUUAUUUUGACUCAACUUUAAUGAUGCUAUGCUCUAAUAUCACCAGGUCAAAGCUGCAGUGAGGGGGGUGUUCUGCUCCUAUCUGAGUCUCCUCAUAAACUCCAAGAACGACAUGGCCUUGGCGCAAACCCUCGAUGUCCCCAGCCGCGCUCUUGGACGACAGGCUUUCACCGACAUAAAACACGCUGCACACAACAGCAACACUUCCCUCUUUCUGGUAAGAAACACAAGACUCAGCAUGCGCUUAUAGGCUUUAGCGAUGAUGUACACACGCUUGACAUCACUAGAAAAACAAAACUACGACAUUAAAGUGUCGUAAAUCCUGUCUUCUGCAUCAUUCUGGUUUACGUCAUGCCAUUCGCAGGCUGUGACAUCUUUUGUGAGAGCCAUCCAGCUCGGAGGGAAGGGUUACGCUCCAGCUGAGUCCGACCCACUGAGGAAACAUGUCAAAGGCCUGUCGGAGUUUGUGCAGUUUGUAGACAACCUGGAAGAUAUACUGGGGGAGAUUCCUGACCCAAGGUACACAAUGACUCUCAAUUCUUCUGUGGUUAUGACAGUGCAUGCUGGGAAAAUCAGCCAACAGUGAGAGGGCAUGUGGGUGAAGUUGACCUGCUAAUCGGCCAAAGAAGUGAAAUUGAUCAAACAAAUGAUGUUCUUAUUUUAUGAGGCUUGAAAUCCCAGUCAUAUGUUGUGUAUAAGCUGUAGUGCAGUCAUCUGCCACUAGCCGGGGCUGUAGCUCCAGUUAACGGCUGUUUCCCAUGAUGCUGUAGUGCUCAACUACCCAGAUGUAAACAAGCACAUUCUUGAGGCUCUAGACAGAUACUCAGGCUUCUGAUUGGCUUAAAUUUGUCAUCAAUGGCGUCAUUAUGUUGGUCAUUCUAGUGCGCCUCAUGUACAGAGGCCACAGCCCACGUCUCAGCGGUCACUUCUUCUCACACUCCUCAUCUCUCUCCGGCUCUCAUUUCUAUUAAAAGCAAAAUCAACUUUAAAGUAUUAAGUUGUGUCAGUUUAUCAUCAAUUUGCUCUUUUUAUGAGGUUUGUGGCUCUAAGACAUAUCUAAAAUAUCUCCAGAUUUACUCCACCUACUAAAAUUAAUUGCGUUGCUCAGGCUUUGCAAAUUAAGAAAAUGAGAUUUAAUCACAUUUAAUCUUGUUUCUUGCAGCAAUUUAUUUUCCAGAUUACUACAUUUGUAAAUCCCUUGUUUGCAGAAGCUAAUCCUGAGAGUGCUAAAACAAGCAACUCCAAGUACUACGUCUCUAUUAAAAGCUCUGUUUACUUAAUUGACAUCUAAUACUCAUAAGCAUGUUUAAAUUCAGAGAAAUCACCCUGAGCUGAUUAGGGGAACUCAAAGGUUCCAAGAAAAGUUGUGCGUGCGUUUCUAUCUGGCAGCACCUGAGGUCAAACACAGUCAGCAGUGUGAUUUAUGACGGAGUUGGAUUUUCUUCGAAUUGCUUCACUUCUUUAUGCAAUUCAACUCGCUUCUCCCUCUUGUGUGGUCAGCUCGUUUCUUUUAGUCUGAAUUCUGAAGCUGAAACUCUCUCAGCUCUUUGCGUGUGUGUCGCUUCUUUCACUGGUAGGGAUAUUUACAGGCCUGGCAGACACCUGUGCCCUGAAAUCACACCUAUGAUCAUAAAAAUCCACCUGUUCCCCUGCAUGUCUCUCUAUCAUAGUCUUUAAAUCUAUGUAAUGAUGCUCGUCUAAGCUUCUCAUGAUAGCAUUUGGAUUGCUAAAGCAUGUUGAUCCUCGCUAGAUCAAAGCUUCUCUUUUUGUUGAAUAAUGUGUUUGAGCUCUUACUUUGAUGAAUUAUCAUCAAACUGCAGAUCAUUCUUGAAAUCAUUACAGAUUAUUUCUGAUGUCGAAGCACCUGGCAACACAACAAAAAGGGUUAUCAGAGAUGAUUUAGCCUCUCCGUCUUGUGAGGGGCUGAGCUCUGAGGUGAAGCUGUUUAGAAGUAUGUUAGGUCUUAUUAGCGAUGUUAGCUUCCCUCAGCCGAGCCAUAACAACACACUCUGAUGUUUGUGUAGUAGUAGACUCGGCUCUCACUGCUCUUCAGAGGGUUCUCAGUUCAUGCAGACUGAGAGAGACACUGAUGAACUCGGCCAACACGUGUCUUUCAACAGGCAGUGCCUGUACGCUCUCAGUGGAGUACUGUGUUUCCUCAUACAAACACCUUCUGUGGAGAGUUCAGGGCCUUUGUUCACCGAACAUCUGUUUUCCCAAAUGAUUCUGUUACUGAGCCCGGCUCGCUCACAUCAGAGCUGGGUCAGGGCUGGACCACCUCCUCUCCACCUUACUCUCAAUCUUUUUCCAAUACACUUCAGUCCACUUUACAGGAGUUGCAUUAUGAAUAUCAGAGACGCCUCUGAUGCUGGUUGAUACAGUGUACAGAUACUCAGUGUAGCCUACACAGCAGCCUCAGUAAUAUGCAUUAUAGCAGAAAAAGAAUCUGCUUUAGUGUAUUUCUCACACAGUUGUUACACUUGGCAGCUAAUUCUUACAGUUCCAGCUCCAAUUUACCUCAAAAAGACUUUUGGAGGCUUUUCUGGGUUUACCAAUUUAGGAAAAGUCAAACAUUUUGUUAAAUUUUGGCUGAACUCUGGAGCCCUAAUGACUGAAACCCGUGUCCCAGAGGAAAAAAGUUAAAAAAUAAAUGCAGCUUUGGUGACCGUCACUGUGUUUCUUUUAUUCUCAGCGUAUGUGGAGCCAAGCUACUGACAGCCAUCAGGGCCGUGCUGGUGAAGGGUCGCAGCAGUGGAGAUGCAAUUCACACUGCAGCAGAAGAGACAACAACAGAGCUGAAGGAGAGGAUCUGCCAGCUCCACCAGAUCCAGAAACAGAAAGCCAGUGGCAGUGGGACGGGGAUAAGCCCGGCCAGGGUAAUGUACAACCUCUGCUCUCCAGCCAGGCAGCGACAGUUCUGGCUUUUGUGUCCCUGCAUUCACACAAAACCCAAUUCAUCUCCCCGAACAGUCAAGCCUAUGAGGUAAUGAUUGUUGUGUUGCUGUUUUCAUCCAGCCAAAAGCGUACGCAGUCAAUCACGCCACAGCUUAUGGAGGUCGGGACACGGUGAAGGUGCUGUUGGCGCUGCUGGAUGAAGAGGCUGUGACUCCUCCAUGUCAGAAUAAAGCAGACCUGCUGUCUGAGGAUCAGCCUGUCCUCAACGGAGCCGAGGGGACCUGCAUCCUCACACUCUUCAGGUUAUCCAUGCAGAUGAACUUUAAUGCCUUUCUUCUUUCAAGCUGUGGCCAAAUAUAAGAGAUUCAGAUUUCUGGGCAGGUUUCCAGCCAUGUUAAAGAUCACUUUGGUUUGGGCUGUCCCAACAUAGGGGUGCUAAAACAUGGUGCUAUGGGUGGGCAUUCAGGAACCUUUGCCAGCAUGAAGAAAUGGAUUGUAGAAACUGAAAUAUUUAUGCACUAAAUGGUACCAGAACCCCUGGUGAAAACACAGAAUUUAUUUUGUUGACUUUGUUUUUCUCAAAAAAGGUCACUUAUACCACUUUUACUUAUCCCAUAAUUCCAAGAAUGAGUUAGAAUUCUGAUUUCUGAUUCUGAUCAGAAUUUGGAAAUUUAACUUCGGAGUGCCGAAAAAGGGGGAGUUCUGAGGGAAAACUCAGAAUUCUGAUCUUUAUCCCAGAACCCUGAAAAAAGUCAGAAGUCUGACUCAGAUCUCAGAAUUUGACAAACUCGGAAUACAGAGAAGAAAAAGAAUUCUGAGUGUCAAGUCAGAGUUCUAAGGAAAAAGUUGUACUUCUGACUUACAGCUCCAAAUUCAGGGAAAAAAAUUCAGCCCUGAACUUUUUAAUAGCCCUUAUCCUCUCCAGUAUCUGUCUGAUAGGACUUAAACUUUUGUUUUAUGACGUGAGUAUUUCCAUAACCGCAGGAUUCAGCCAGAGUGGGAAAUCCCCUCUAACAGAGAUUACACCAACAUGAGACUCUACAACUCUCCUCUGAAAGUGUAUAGAGGAAAAUCCUCCCACACCACACUGGAAAAACUUCUCCGGUCAAACCUGUGAAAUCAAAAUAACAACAUAGAAAAAGCCACUGGAUGUGGUCGAGGGGCUUACAUUAUGCCCGAGGUGGAUAACAUUGAAUUGCUGAUGUCCAACAUGUUGCAAGUUGGACGUCAGCUCAGUCUGGCCUGUUGGUGGUGGGAUUAGUAAAGCUGAAAUAUCAAGUAGAUGGAGUUUUAAAGGUGCAGUUUCAAGUCUUUGUUUUCAAUCUAACAGCAUGACCUUUGCAGGUAUUCUAAAUUAUUACUUUUUGUAAAUGUCUUGCGUUUAUUUGCUCCUCAGAUCCCCCGAAGUGUCGACUGGAUGUUCUCCAGAACCUCUAAAAAGCCGAGUCCAGAGCCGACUAGACCUACUUAAACCCAAGGUAACAUGGGCCCCUUCAUCCAAGAGCCUCAAAUCCAAACCAUCAGUUACUUCAAAUUGAAUCAGAUGUACAAACACUGAAAAUAAUGUCUUUACAUCCUGUAAUUUCUCCCUGGUAUUAUAUUAUUUAUUUUCUUAGCUGAAGCUCACAUCUUAACUGACUUCCACCGUUACCGUUUGCACAGCUGUGUUUUAGCUCUGAGUGUUGGUCUGAGGGUGCCGUGUAAAUCCAGGGCAUUAAACGGCUCAUUCGAGAGGGAUUCAAACCAUUAACCAAUCCAGAUGAUAAGUUAUUCUAUUGUCAGAGGCGGCGCUCGGCUCCAUUUGCUUACACUGCACAAUACAAACAUACAGCAGAUCCGAUAUCUGGGUCUCACUUCCUUCCUUCCUGUGAGCUCAGCUGUUUGGUUUUCACCUGGAUGUUUUCUGCGCUCUGUGGGAGAGAAUCUGUAACAUGAUGAUACAACCUUUGUUGUCAUUAUAUUCCUCAUUACACUUACUUUACUGUUAUGCUCGAUAGCAGUUAAUUUAUGUGUGUUCAGGGAGGUAAAGGGUUUUUUCAUCAGGCGCUCAAGUAUAAUAACAUCCACUCAGGGCUGUAUUUUAUUACUUAACCACAAAGCCUGACUGAUGGUGUUUUUGGUGGGUGUGGGGCUGUCUCCUGUACUUUAUUUGCAUUAAAAAAAUCUAACCAAAUAAUAAAAUAUAAUAUGUUUACUUAUUUUGACUAAGAUGCACACUGAGCCAAAAUGACAAAGUAGGCUCAAGGUAGUUUAGGAAAACGUUUCUGCAGUACAUAUCAUAUCCACUGGGGGCACUGCUGAGACCAUUUUUUUCCUUUUAAAUAUGUCCCAUUAACUGAACAAGUGGGGGAUCUUUCACAGUGUCCUGUUAGGAUUUAAAGGUGGGGUAGGCAGGAAUCCGUUAAAGAAGCUUCUUUUUUUGUGGUGUAUAUACAAAAAAGCUUUUAAUAUCAGCCAACAGCUAUUAGUUAUUGAUGACAUUUGGUAAUACAACCAUAUCGCUGUGUUUUGUCAUGUCUGUGUAGUCAACAUUUUACAUUUUUUGGGGCCCCGCUCAGUCUGGCUGUAAACGAAGCCCUUUUCCUUCCUCCCCCCCGACCUGAUUGGUUGUGAGGCAGACGCUGCUCCAUCAUGUUGUGAGGCACGCUCCACGCCCUCCAAUAACGUGCAUGAGCCCAUACAAAAUUAGCGUGCUACAAUAUCGGACAGUAGGAACCAACCAGAAAGUACGAAAAACACAAGCAAUAAAAUAAAGUAAAUACCGGAGACUCUGGCGGAAUAACGGGCGCUUAAAACAAAGGUAGACCGGACAAGAGCUAAAAAGGCGGGUCAACAUCAAUGAAGCAUAAAUGCUUCGGAGACGCUUCGGGAUCUUACGGACCCUGUAACCUUUUUGCUGCACAGAUAAACCGCUUUAACAAAGUUAGCCAAGUGUCUGUAACAGAAAUGCUUCUUGUCAAACGGGAUCUACUGCGUGUUGAAGCGCCGCUAAACUGUUGACCUCGGGUCCUGGACUAUGUCACUUUAUCCUAGAUGUAGAAGUCCUGCAAACAUUGUGUUUGCUGGUAGUCUGUUGGCAUCUACAGUAGCACCAAUACUUUUUACUUUCACGUUGACUGGGCCCCAUUUGUAAUUAUCUGAAGUAUUUAUCUGCAUUAUAUCUGAAUUUAAUUGGAACGAUACGAGCGAGCAGGAGUGUCUGUUUGUGGGCUAACUGGAGCAGAAAGGGAGGGGAGAGGAGGAGCUGAGGGGAAAACUGGUUGGGAGGGGUAGUUUUUACUUUCAAAACUUCUCUCAAAAACUGGCACUGCCUCAGAUCCUGCCUACCCCAUCUUUAAAUUUCCAUUAAACAAAAUCAAUUUUCUCACUUGUCUACUAAUAAGUACUAAUCAUGGUGACGUGAAGCAAGCUUUAAAAAGUAUUUACAGUGCAAUUUAGUUUAACUGAUAAACUUAAAACCCUUCUUUUAAAUUUAUGAAAGACACAGGCUUUACUGCAGUCUGUCAGCAGGGGGAGCUCUAAAUCAUUUGGCUUCACUUUUGAGGAGCAGUCAUGUCACACAUCCUUUUUACAUACAAAUCAAAGUAUGUCCACAGUGUUUGGGAAAAUGUCCUAGAGGGAGCUGAUGAGUCAACCUUAGGGUGAAGAUAUCAAGUUCGAAAAUGGCAAUCAUCUGAACGUGUAAAGUUUGAAAAAUAAUCUAAUAUCGGGUUCUCUUGAAUUGAUCUGAAUGAUUAGAAAUAUCACGUGUGAUUUUAACAAUACAGGAGCAGAAUUAAUAUGAACUAAUAUGAAAUUCAGGUUUUGUUUACGCCACUCGCUGGCCCUGAUCUUCAUCUUUAAAAAUCAGCUAAAGGUUGCAAAACUAAAAUACCAGAGAUAGAGAAGCUCUUUAUGAACACAUGUUGAAAACUUUGAUUAAGCCAAUGAAAUUAAUCCAAUUUAAAAACUAGAAUUAAAAUGUAGUCUAAAUAUUUCUGAACAGAAAUUGGAUCAAACUCAAGCAGAAAAGUUUUUAAUAUUUUUCAGACUUUUUCUGCAUCCUCCUCAGCUCCAAAAACUGCUGAGUCAUCCAAAACCUCAGCAGGUCCAGCUUUAGAUUAAAAUGCGAGUCUGAUAGUUGAACAUGAAGUAGCUCCUCUGUGUGAACUCUGUGUGUGCUAAACACAUUGAGUGAAAUGGCUCCUUGAUUUGAUUGAGCUAGCAGAUGUCAUUUUAGCUCCCCACACUCUGGCUGCCUUCCUGUUUGAGAGCGCUGUAAUGGUCCCUGGGCAGCUCACCGCUUCCUGAACUCGGCGAGCGGAAGCUUUCUGCAUCAAUUUCACUUUGAAGAUGCCAUAUCAGUCGCGUAAUUCGACUAGCAAGGGAAACUUGAAAGGUUAUUGUUUCCUGUUGUCUGCCGAAUGACUUUAUCCCAGACGUGUCCAGCGGUUUCAUCAUGCGCUGACGUCAACUGAGAUGGACAGAUUUAGUUUCUGCUUUUGGGACGUUUCCAAAUCGCUUUCUCAGUGCUGCAGACGAUCAAAACACAGACAACACUCUGCUCACACUCUCCAUGUGGCGGUAUGUGCGCUCUCGGUCUCAGACGGUGAUAGACGUGAUGGUGCACCUGUUCCUCGUUCUCACUUCUAUCACCUGAGUGUGAGAACAUACGUCAAAACACGAAUUGUUUGCACCUGUUUUUGGACGCUCUAUUAGGAAUGUGUUGAUCAGGUGUCGUGACAGAGGUUAUUUCGGGACAUCCGUCUUCAGAGGAAUGAGGGCUGUCUACCCGCAUGGGGCCACGUCGGGCUCCCACCUGUUGUAAUUGGAUUAGAUGUUCUCCGUCAGUCGCAGUUUGGCCGUGUUCACUCUUCCAUCCCCUCCCAUUGUUUCAGGGGCGCUCCAGAUAUGUUUUAUGAACAUGCAGCCAGGGCUCCAUACAUUGUGUGCCCAGUUAUUGAAGUGUGCCUCAUUCUGACGGUUGUUUUAUGUUCUGAUAAGAAGUUCUUUUGAAAAGCACAAAGGCUUUGAUCCCUUUGUGCUCCGAGGACCCACCCUGCUUUGCUCGCUCUACUAUUUCCCUCAGAUUUUUCCUCCCUACUGUGGCCCACUGGCCUGAAGGGUGAAAUCCUUGGAUUGUGAUAAUCCCGAGCAGACGUAGAUCAAACAGUAGAUAAAAAGCAGAGGAUCUUGUUUUCCUCAGGGCAAGGAUUGGAGCCUCCGGUAUCAUUCACAUUGUUGUAACUAACUAGUCUGAAAGGAUUUUUAAUGAGAGCUGCUGCUUCUCUGCUUUUGACUUGUGAUUGUUUUGGGAUAAGAAACUGUUUCCCUUGUUUGUUUGACGUGUUGUAAACUUGGGCCUCUGUUGGGUUUAUCCACCUUUGCCAAUGACAGUGGCCUUCGUCAUCUGAGACAGAGUCCCCACAGCCAUAAAAUAUGAUCAGUUAUCUUUGUGUAGAGCCAAAUCACAGCAAAAGUUUGCAUAAAACUUGAACUUUUGCAUGAAUUCCUCGCCUUUUGGGAUUACCUGUUCUUGAAAUCUCAGGGACUACGAAUUUUCUGUCCCAAACACCGAAAUGAAUUCAAGAAUCUUUUUCACCAGCCUGCUGAUACUGUUGACUGCAUAACACAUAGAUGUAGUCUCAGUUCACCUCACCUGUUGGUUUCUGGAGAGACGUUUCAAAACCUAACACCACAUUGGAAAUUUUCUAUCAAUGGCCUAACAAGACACUAAGAGUUUGGGCUAAGAUGGGUCUUUGUCAGUCAGACUCUUUGCUAAUAUUGAGGGGAAAAAAAGAGUCAUCCAGAUCAGAAUCCUUGUUGCACCCGACUGUAAGCACGUCUAUUUUUGCUGUAGAAAUUGGCUUUUUAAAAUGGGUGUGUAUGUCACUUCUAGUGCUUUUGGAGCCAGCCUCAAGUGGACAGUAGAGGAACUGCAGUUUUUGCACAAGAUUUUUGCAAGAUUGGAGUUUGACACUUGGAAAUGUCAUGUGUUUACAUGUAACAACCAUGCCAUCCAAUUCAUAGCAAAUAAUAGGUUUCUCCUGUCUUUGCUUACUCCAGGCCAAAGAUCGAGUCAUCAGAUCCCAGUUCGCAUGCACAUACAAAGAUGAAGAGCCACCGCUCAACCGGGUGCUAGAGUUCCCCAGCAUGAGCCAGGUCCCUACCUGUGUGCACCCAGCACCCAAACUCAAAACCAUCUCAGCUGUGGACGAGGAGAGCAAGUCUGAUGAAGAGGACGCGACUACAGGUACAGAUUUAAUGUUAACACGAUCAAAUCAGCAGAUACUGUAAAUGCGCUUCGAUGUAUGUGGGGAAAAAAAGCUUAAACAAAGGUUCGAUUUGUGUUUCCACUGACACCAUAAAGCUGGACUCAGUCCCAGGCACACCCUCUCAGCUCCAGCCUUGACCCCUUCUCAGCUCCGGCCCUGGGACUAUAGUGCUGAUACCAUUAGCUGUUAAACGAAUCCCCUGUUCUAUAAAACCUGCUCACGUCCACAUCUGUAGUAAAAACCAAAAUCACACUCACACACACACACACACACACACAGACUUUUUGCCCAUUUCCCCCUCUGUCUUUUGUUCCGUGGGAAUUCAGGCUGAGCUCCAUCAGGUUACAUGACAGAUGUUAAAUUUCAACUCUACAGAAUAAACACACAGCCUGCUUCAGCUAGCAGCGAACGUCAGCAAUUUCGUCACUGCAGUUUUUUCCUUUUUUUCCAACACGGUUGUCACAUUUGCUUUUGCCCUGCUUCAAUCUUUCCAGACAAGCCCACUUCUGCUGCUGAAAAUAAGAAACAGAGCGGCGAACAGCGGGGAGCCGUCCUCGAGCCAAGAAGUGGAAAUGCCCAAAACAGAAGCAGAGGAAGUACAAGGAAAACUGGCGCUCAGAUACAAAACAAGGGCAACAAGAGGAAGCAGGUGGAUUCUGACCAGCAUGGGGGAUCCGAAAAUGAGCCCCCACAGAAAAAACAGCCAGUGAGUGUCCCAGCGAAAAUACCUGGCAAGAAUGUGGGCAAGACCUCAAAUAAGAAGAAGCUGAUAACGGGGCAGGGAAAACUCACCAGCUUCUUCAGAGUUUAACGGUUCUUUGUAUCGCUUAUGAAUUUUAUACGGAACAGAGGUUCUUUGAAAAGGUGUUCCUAUGAAACUUCAGAAGAGUUUUCACUCUUUCCCUGUCCUUGUUUUGAAUGUCUGCUUUCCCCAUAAUGUGUCAAAAAUACUUUUUUCAGCCUUAGUAAAUGUUUUAACAGCUAUUUUGGUUCAGUUUUAGAGGAAAAUGCUUGAAAUUCAUCAGCUAGAUUGAUCAGCUAUUAAGUCUGGUAGAUGGUUUUUGUUACAUUUUCAACAGAAGCAGGAAAACUUUCUCCUUAAUUUCCUCUUUUUUUUUGCAAACACUGAGCCUACGGUUGGUGUAGCUCUAUAUUUGGCACACACUGUGGCAUCAGUCGUAUACUUUAUCCCUUAGAAAGAAAGAAGGGGGCAGAUUCUCCCAAUGGAGCACCAUUCUUUACCUGUACAAUCAUUGAUGUAAAUACGAGCCAGACUUUACUUUUUAAUAAAUGUUUAUUUUGUUUUAUAUUUUUGUGCACUCUGAUUGUUUAUUAGAAGGAAAUACAGUCACGGUUCACACAUUUAAGGAUGGAUUUUUUUACAAUGCAUUCGAAGGAGAGUGAAGGACAUUUAAACUUCCCAGCAGGGUCGGUACACUCUGCCGAUCAUACAACGAAGAACUGGAAAGAGGUAAAAGACAAGAAAAUCAGUCAAAGUGAACAAAAUGUGUCAAUAUUUGUUUAUGGUUUACAAUAAACUUCACUGAACUUUGGG